AUGCAAAUCAUCAAGUCCAUCAUCGCCGUUACCACGCUCGUGGCUCCCGUGGUCAUGGCAGUCAACAUUGGUGACGGAUGUAAUCGCAAUAUCGAGAAAGACUACACCGCUUGCGAUAAUGGCAGAACCAACAUUAUUUACUGCGAUCCCGGUUCGUCCAGGUGGACGUGGGCGUAUACUUGUAAUGGAGGCUGCUGCCGCAACAAUCCUCCGAGAUCUGGUGGCGGCUCCUACGCGUCCUGCGGCUGCUAA